UGGUGUAGUUGGAAUUAAAAUUAAAAUAGAUGAGCAUCAGGCAUCUGGAUAUUACCAAAGAUUGGCAAAACCAAGUAAUACCAAUAGUGCUGUUAAAAAUAAUGUGGAUAUUGGAUGCAUAGAUUUUGAUAAAGUGAAUCGAAGUAAUGAAAUAAAGAUUAAAAGCUCACCUGCUGUAAGCUAUGAUGGAUACAGUAAUAAAAAAAUGUUGACAAAACAAAUUACAAGUCCUAAUGACAUAGAUAUGAAAUGA